UUAUGGAAACGUGCAGAUAGCGGGUAGACUUUGCCCUGAGGCAUGCUGACAACACAGGAAGAGCAGAGAAGUCCAAAAUUUCCGGCUUGCACUGUCGUAGCUAACUUUGAGACGAAUGGAUGAGGCUAAUGGUAGCAGAAACGAUAAAUAUGGACCUCCACCUCCACCCUACAAUCCUCACGACUCUGAGCAGAAUUUAUAUAGAGGACAGACCUAUCAGGUGGGGAAAGAGGGCAUUGCAGUGGUGACCCCACCUGGCAUCUAUGAAAACAGGAUCCACUCAGAAGAACAAGCAGCAGCUGGUGACGAGCACCAGUUUGAACAAGUGCCACCUUUCUACUCUCAUGGAUUGGAGGACAGUGUUUUUGCAGAUUCUGCAAUACGGAGAGGUUUCAUAAGGAAAGUCUACCUGACCUUGAUGAUUCAGCUGCUGGUGACGGUCGGAAUCAUUUGUGCUUUUCUUUACUGGGAUUCUCUAAAGGAAUGGACAUGGACCAACAACUGGUUCUCCUAUGCCAUGAUGGGGACAGUGACUGUACUCAUUGUGGUCUUGUCCUGCUGUGACAACAUUCGGCGUGGGGUCCCCCUCAAUUUCAUCACCCUGGGCUUGUUUACUAUUGCAGAGGGCUUAAUGCUGGGAUCCGUAGCAGUGUUCUUCUCAGCCGAAGCUGUUCUGUGGGCCGUGGGCGCGACGGCGUUAGUGUCCUUCUCCCUGAGUGUAUUUGCGAUGCAGUCAAAGUGGGACUUCACCAUGGCAAGUGGAAGCCUGUGGGUGUUUGGCUGGACCCUCUUUUCCUUUGCACUGCUCUGUGCAAUCCUCCGAUCACAGUUUGCGUACAUUGCUUACGCCUGCCUGGGCACCUUGCUGUUUUCCUUGUACCUGGUGUUUGAUACCCAGCUCAUCGUGGGCGGAAAACACAGAAAAUACGAGAUCUCUCCUGAGGAGUAUGUGUUUGCUGCUCUCAGCCUCUACCUGGACAUUGUUGUCUUGUUCCUUUUCUUACUGAAACUCAUUAAUCUCUGUCGCUGACAUUGAGCCUCCAUGACAAGGCCUCUGCAAAAACUAUGCAAUGACUCAGUGUGUACCUAGAUUUAUAUUGAACAAGUCUCAAGCCACACUUUAUCUGCGGGACGAUAAUACUUUUGGAACUUAUUGUAAAGCACCACAGUGUUUUAACUUUAAAACUAUUUCACAUUUGCUGUAGUUUUGUCAUUUGAAUGUAAGUUAGAUCAAUGGACACUAUGCACGCAGCACUUCUGUAUUCAAUGGAAGGUGGCAUGUUAACUGCCGGUCGGCAUGUAAACGCAGUUAAGAACAUGGGAAAUGUGUUGAAACUCAACACAGAGUUGAUGCUGAACAUAGUGGCACAUAAAUAUACCUAUUACACAACACAGCGACAGGGUGGAUGACUGGCUAGCACAUCUGCCUCACAGUUUUGAGGACCGGGGUUCAAAUACCGGCCCCGCCUGUGUGGAGUUUGCAUGUUGCCUGCGUGGGUUUUCCCCGGGUACUCCGGUUUCCUCCCACAUCCCAAAAACAUGCAUGCUAGGUUAAUUGAAGACUCUAAAUUGCCCAUAGGUGUGAAUGUGAGUGCGGAUGGUUGUUUGUUUCUAUGUGCCAUGCAAUUGGCUGGCGACCGGUUCAGGGUGAACCCCACCUCCCGCCUGAAGAUAGCUGGAAGAGGCUCCAGCAGCCUGCGACCCUAGUGAGGAUAAGCAGUAAGGAAAAUGGAUGGAUGUUAGCGAGGAAGAUUAUAUCAUUGGUUUAUGCCACUGUAUUUAUUUUUCAGGGCCAGUGUGUUUCCAUGUGGAUUACUUUGGAGCCCAGAAUUUUGUAUAAUUCUAGGGGGUCACAGGGUCAGUUAAGAUCUUGUAAAUAUCUUGUAUGUAAUUUCUUGUAUUAUAACGACACAAAAUACUUAAGUUUGAAUAAUAAUAUAACCUUAUGUGUGCUGAUGUAGUGUCAAAUUGUGCAACGUUAAUUUUAGCGUGUACCCGUACUGCAAUAACUGAUGUGACACUGCCCCCUGUAAGUUAGGUGUGCACCCUUUUUGACUUUUUACUGUUGAUCUUCAUGGGAGGGAGCACACCAGUGUGUUUGUUUUAUGCUGACUAAAUCAGGUACAAUACUGAGAAUAAACUAAGUGCAACUCCAAA